AUGCAGCUGGCCAUACCAAAGGCACAGUUCACGACGGGUGGAGAGAGGGAGCACAAGGAGCGUCUGAAGAGGUUGAGGGAACUUGAGAAACUGGGUGUCAAGAGGAGGAUCGGCACACAUCCCGAGACGUAUCCUAGAUAUCGACAACCUCGUCAUUGCUUCUUUUAG